AAAAUAUUAAUGUUAAUCUAGAGACACAAGAAUUACAAGAACUACUUCAAAAUAAUAGUGUCGAAUCUUUAAUAUCUGCAACUAGUAUCGAAUCUUCAACAUUAACAAAUGCCACUAGAUAUCAAUAUAAA